AUGACUCAUACCGACUACAAGAAAGUAUAUGAUGAGAUUCAAUCAACAGAAUUUGAUACCUUUCAGUGUAUUAUUUACUUGAAGAGGUAUUGCCAUGUACUAGGAAUUCAUCAUGCCUUAGUUAAAAAGUUGAGUACAUUCACAUAUGAUGAGUUAGAAUUUUAUAUUCCCCAGUUCAUUCAGCUAAUUGUCAACUAUGAGACCGAUUCAAUGGCAUUAGAAGACUUUCUAAUGGAUUAUAGUUCAAGGUACCCUCAUUUUAGUUUGGUUGUGUUCUGGAAUCUACAAGCUUACAUUUUUGAGCUUAGGAAUGAACCUGAAUCAUAUCCCUUUCAAAUUGUUAGAAGGUUUGUUAAUAAAUUACAGGAUCUACUCUUCAAUCCUGAUGCUCCAAUAAGAAAAGCCAUUGAAUUUCGUGAAAACCUCCAACCAGCUUUGGUUUUAUGCGGAGCAAUUGCAGCCGCAUUCGCUUUGCCAGGUUUAACUGAUCACGCUCUACCUUUAAUUCGAAGUCAGGCCAAACAACAGAAAUCAUUUGUAUUCAAGCUUGCAAACUUUCAGAAGACUUUGACUAAAAAUUUAACAUUGAAGAACCAAAGUAUUUCUCAUGAAACCACAUCUUUAUCUGAUGACGAGAGUUCCUCUAGAAACCAAAAAAAUGAUAAUAUCAAUACAUUGUUACAGAGAUCGGCAUCCGUUUCAAGAAUUGGCAAUAGAAAGGAAAGCUUCCAUGACGGCAGAAGAUCGACUCUGAGCGUGUUUUCCGACGAUUCAGAAUUCUAUACUACUGAUGACGAAUUAGAGCCUAGGAACGAACAAGAAUUAACCAAGAUGAUGUCUGAAAUGAGUUUAAGCAAAAGUCACACAGCUAAAGCGUUCAAUGAUUUGGAAGAAAAUUUGCGUAUAAAUACCCUAAUAAAGUCCAAAAAGAGCAUAAGAGCCAAAACGGUAACAGGUUUUGUCAAAACAAUUUCUACCAUCAACCAAAGUACUCAAUCACUUCCGGAUUUAACCAAGGACACACAAUCUUCAAAGAUUUUGCCUUCGACAGAGUCAGAGAGCUCCCUUGUCUACCACACGCUGUCUACAGAAUACGACUACCGUAAAUCAGCGGAUGGCGCCCUAAAUGCCUUAAAUGCUCCAACUUACCAUAACUUGCUCAAAACUUUGCAAGUGAAUUAUGCAAAGAAGGAAACAAGUUUUAUUUUAGCUUUACAGAACAUCUCAUUAAGAUUGUCACAAGUUCCAAAAGAGGCCCGUCUAUCUGCAUUACGUGCUGAACUUUUAUUGGUUAACGAGACUUUGCUUCCUUCUGAAAUUGAUAUUCCACAACUUCUUCCGAAGACAAGCAGUAAAAACAAAUAUCACAAGAUCUUGCGUUUGAGUGUUAAUGAUGCAUGUGUAUUAAACUCUGCUGAAAGAGUACCAUUCUUAUUACUAAUUGAAUAUUUAAGCGAUGAGCUUGAUUUUAAUCCAUUUAGUGAUUACAAUCAAAAAAUUAUAUUGAAUAAACAAAAUGGGGUUAGAGAUGCAAAACAAUUGAUUGAAGGGUCCAACAACAUUCAAACAGAUUCUUAUAAACGUUCUCCUUUGACAAAUACCGCUUCCAUGGCAGCUAACGAUUCCAUAUACCAAGAAUCAGAAACUGACUUAGGGGAUUUACCAAUGGUUUCUGGUCUGUCCCAAAACUUAAACAAGUUGGCAAUUUUUGAGGGAAACAUAUCAACACCAAAUUCACCAAGAUCUGAAUUCAGUGAGAAGGGAACAAAUUCAAAUGAAACACUGACAAAAGUAUUGGCCGACCAGAUGAGAAUUGCUUCUGUAAUGCUACAACAGUUAGAAAGUUCAGGGCAAGCUAAUUCUGAACAGUCCAUUGCAAUCAAGAACCGUAUUGUUCAAUCGAUGAUUUCUUUACAGGACCAAUUUGAGUUCAUUAAUUACGAGAAGUUAAAUGAAUUAAGAGGCGAGUCUGAUGAUGCUGGCGAUAGAAAAAUGGAGAAUGACUUUAUGGUAAGUGAAGAUUGGAAGAUGAAGAAAGCACGAAUCCGGCAAUCUAGUAUAUAUGGCCAUUUGAAAAACUGGGAUUUAUGCUCAGUAAUUGCCAAGAAUGGUGAUGAUUUACCUCAAGAAGCAUUCGCUUGCCAAUUAAUUACUUUGAUGUCUAGUAUCUGGAAGAAGCACAAUGUUGAAUUCUGGACCAAAAGAAUGAAGAUCUUAAUCACUAGUUCGAAUACUGGUCUCGUGGAAACAAUUAAUAACUCCAUGUCCAUUCACUCAAUCAAAAAGUCAUUGACCGAGAUGUCAAUCAAGCGAGGAGAAAACCUACGUGGUCGUAUUUUUACUCUCAAAGAUUACUUUGAGGGCAUAUUUGGUCCACCUGAAGGAACUCGUUAUAGGAAGGCACAAGAUAAUUUUACAACGAGUUUAGCUUCGUAUUCGAUAAUUUGUUAUAUUCUACAAAUUAAAGAUAGGCAUAACGGGAAUAUUAUGGUGGACAAUGAAGGCCACAUUAUACACAUUGACUUUGGGUUCUUAUUGUCCAACUCACCUGGUAGUGUGGGGUUCGAAGCUGCACCUUUCAAGUUAACUGCUGAAUAUGUGGAAUUGAUGGGUGGAGUCAACAGCCCUGUAUAUGCCAAAUUCUUGAGAGUGUGUAAGGAUUGUUUUAGAACUUUAAGAAAAGAGGGAGCACAAAUUGUCAAUAUAGUAGAGCUUAUGCAGAAGGAUUCAAGCUUACCUUGUUUUAACAAUGGAGAUAAUACGAGUGUUCUUUUGCAACAAAGACUACAAUUAGAUCUUGCUGAUGAAAAUAUAGAUGAAUUUGUUGAAACUGCAUUAGUUGGGAAAAGUAUCGGCAGUAUGUACACAAGAUUGUACGAUCAGUUUCAAAUGAUAACACAGGGUAUAUAUAGCUGA